CUUCGCGCUGAGGUAGAUCGUCUUAUAGACCUCACCAACGACUGGUUUUCUGCCCUUCCGGUUGGCCUCAGGAUCAUCGACACCAGGCAAACUCUUUCAACAGAAACAUCUAGAGUCUGGCAGCCUGGGGAUCUGGCUUGCCAAGAGGCGACUGCCGAGCUGAAUCUACUAAAUCCUGACAAUCGGGGCCGCGUCAGCCGACAUGAGAGCAUUAUUACCAUAGGUGACGAGGUCGGUCCCGUCCGAGGUGGUGUAUCAGCGCCUCCUUGGGGUGGUUAUCGCGAAGAUCGACGCAACAAGGUAGUACCCUACUCCUAUCUAGACUAUGGUCCUUUCGCUUCCUUCGGUCCCCGGGUCGACACCGGCGCCGCACACUGCACUCGGUCUGCCAGUGAUCUCUUGCUAGGUACUUCCUGGCUACCUGCACGAAUGAGAUAUCUCGAUGUAGCGCUUUCGCUUGGCUGGACAGACGCUUCAGGAAAUGGUCCAGAGUCUGAAAUGGAUGAAGCAGAUUCUGAAAUCCUUGAUCCAGUACGUAAGGCUGAAAACAAAUGGUUAAGAGAAAGGGCACGACGGCAGCAAUUGGCUAUUUCAGCUGCCUCAGCAGCGGGUGACCACGGCUUAGCAUUAGCCCUUUCCAACGCCUCUGUAGAGAGUGAGCUUGGCGUUGCAUUGGCGCGUGAGUUGGAUGAAACCAUACCUCUGGCUUGUGAAACCGUUCAUGAUGACUUUACUCUGUAUCUUGCCAAUGCAUUAACUCGCGAUCUCAUAAAGGAACAGCGCGAAACCGAAGCAAAGGCAACAGCAGAAGCAGCGAUGGUGAACCCAAACCUGACUUCCGCUAAUGAUGGAGACUCAAAUUAUUUAAAUGCUAUUAAACAUAAACAAGAAACAGAGGACCUGACUCUCUCUCAAAAAGAGAAGCAGGAUUGUAUACUCGUAAAUACGAAGGAGCAGCAGGAUCAGACUUUGGAGGCUGAAGCCCUGGUGCCUGUCUGA